AGUUUAUUUUGUCUACGUUUGUUUUGUGAGAAACUUGUCACAAUAUUAAAACAUUUAUGCAAAUCAUAUUUUGAUGCAGGCUUUAUAAGUAAAAACUAAAAUAAAAGUGACAAAAACAAAAUGAAUGAUAUUUAAACAUUAUAAAAGUUGAAGUAAAAUUAUCUUCACUCUAAAGUAAAUAAUGUAAAAAAAAAACAAAAGUUUAUUAAUUGUCAUUCAUCAGCUCAUUAACAAGCAAGACAAUGAGUUGUAGAGAUUAUGUUGGAGACGAUUUUAACGGUUUGUCAAACGGUAGCGAAAACAACAAUUUGCUAAAAAUAUUAAACGAGAAUGACAGUUUGUUACAAAAAAUUCUUCCAAUAAACUCAAAAAAAAAGUCCUCAUCAUUACUGUAUUGUUCACUUGACGAAUCUGAACUAAACGAAAAUAGAACUAACGUUGCUUGUAAAGAUGUAAGCCGUAGUGUUGGAGAUUUAACUUCUUUUGAACUGUAUGAACAAACAGAUGAUUUGCGAUAUUGCGAUGUCACUGACGGUGAACCCAGUUUACCCAGUAAUAAAGUACGGAAACAUUUAUCUAAACAAACGGAGUUAAGUUUAGGCCUAAACAUUGACAAAAAUAAGUUUACAUCAGAUUUGGUAGAGUUUAAAAAGAAACAGGAAAAAGUAAAACCUUCCUCUAUGUUCAUUGCUAUGUCAGUUGAAAAUUUAUUUCGUGCAGAUAAACCAAUUUAUAAAAAUACUCGAAUCCGAUCUGUGAGUGAUCCCAUUAAUCCAAAAGUUUCUCCAGAUUCAAAAAGUAGAAAGUUUUUCAAGAGAGGAAUAUUUUUAAAGCAGAACAAACAAAUCGAAGAUAAAACUGAGUUUAAUGAUAAAUAUAGCAAUAAAAGGCGUUUAAGCAUUAAAUUAGUAGAAGAUACUGCAAGAAAGUUGUCAGGAAUAAAAGAAAUUUUUUUAGAUCAACAAGGAAACGUUAUAAAAAACGUAGAGAUAAAAAAAUCUCCAGGACAACCACUUGGUUUUUAUAUUAGAUUAGGAAAUGGUAUUGAAAAAACUCACGAGAAGAUUUUUGUUUCUCGCGUCACUCUGGGAAGUUUUGUUGACGUAAACAGCUUACUAUACGCUGGCGAUGAAAUACUUCGUGUAAAUCAGAAUGAAAUCAGAGAUCUCUCACUGGAGAAAGUUGCAUCUAAAAUGCGGGAAUCAAACGAUUUAAACGUGGAAGUAAAAUCUGCUAUGCCGUUACUCUUGCAUUCAAAACUAAAAUUGCGUAAACCAGUUUUAGCAACAAAUGUGCAAAAGAAAUCUCUUGACAAUCUCUUUGGUGUUGAUAAACCAUCUAAUUUGGGUUUAAAUCAAGAGGAUUGUAUUUAUGAAAGUGACAAAAUGAAUUCAAUGCAGAAAAAAACUUUUACUGGAAGUCUUCACGUUUCUAUUCAUAAAGUAACUGGAUGCCGAGAGCAAGGAUCUUUUUCAUGCAGCUUAGAAACCGAUGGCGAAUUUAAAGCAAAAACAUCAGCAAAAAUGAUGCAGGAAAAUUUAGAAAUUGACGAGUCUUUUGAAAUUGAGGUUAACGAAACUUCUUCAAUUGAACUGAAGCUAUUUUUAAACAAAAAAGAGAAGCCAAGCGACAUUGGUCGAAUACAUUUGGAAAAUAUAUUUGCGCAUAAUAAUAUUGUUAGUAUAAUAUUAAAAACAGUUAAAUUUGGAAUUAAAUUAUUUUUGUCCCUCAAAUACAUAGCCGUUAAUAACUUUUUGAAUCGCGCACCAUCAAAACGUUUGAAAGGUGUGUUUGGUUUUAACAUUGCGCAAACAUUAAUUGACGAUUGUAAUACCAUUCCAUUUAUUGUCAGAAGAUGUGUUGAAAAAAUUGAACAGUAUGGUCUUUUUCUAGAAGGAAUAUACCGUAUAAAUGGAAAUGCCAGAAUAAAAAAAAUUUUGCGCGCCAAAUUUGAUGAAAAAGUUGUUGAAUAUGAAGGUAUAGACGAAUUUGACUGUCACGUGGUAUCAGGGGUUCUAAAAGACUACCUCAGAGAAUUGCCUCAGCCGUUAAUUUCUCAAAAACUUUUUUUAAAAAUAUACGAGAAGUCUCUUGAGGGCGAUAAUAAAAACUGCUCUGAUUUAGUUUUACUAGACGCAAUGAAGAGUGUGCAUUACUCAAACAGGGAGACACUUAUUUACGUUAUGGAACAUUUAUUACGAGUAGAUUCUGAAAAAGAUAAAAACAAAAUGGAUUUCAAAAACUUGGCUGUCUGCUUUGGCCCUGUAAUGAUGUGUCCUCCAGCUUUAACGUCUGAUAUAAUAGAUAUUAAGAAACAAGUUGAAGCGUUAAACUACCUUUUAGAAAUCUGGCCUAAGUUAUCUCCACAAUACAAUGUUUAAUCAUUGAA